AUUUUCCUUUUCUACGACCACCUUUACGACGUCUCUCCUUCACGCUUUACGAUAAACCAUGAAGUCUCUUAGAAAAUCUCUCAAUGGCAACAAGGAUUCCUCAAAACUCCAGAUAUCAACCCCUCUCCCGAUACCAACCAUGUCCAAACCUCCAUCAGCAAUAUUACCUCCUCAGAAAGUUAUCCGUGCAAACUCGUCCUACAAAUCACAGGCGCCCCAGGAACUUUCUUUUCAAAAGGGCGACUUCUUCUAUGUUCUGAAAGAUGCGGAGGGCUCGGCUUGGUACGAAGCCCACAACCCAGUCACAGGAGCCCGCGGGAUCGUCCCUCGUGCAAUGUUUGAAGAGUUUGGAAAGAAUGCACCGCCUGUACGCCAUUCACAGUUCAGCACCCCUGGCGGAGGAGGAUUCAAAUCAAUGCACUUGCCUGGUUCCGGUUCAGCCCCUUCACCACCAACACCCAAGCAUCAGGUUUACUACGCGAUAGUGAUGCACGACUUCAGCGCAGAACGACCGGAUGAACUCGAUGCUAAGCGAGGAGAUGCUAUCACCGUCGUCGCCCAAUCUAAUCGCGAGUGGUUCGUCGCGAAACCCAUCGGCAAACUCGGACGUCCAGGCCUGAUUCCCGUAUCCUUCGUCGAAAUCCACGAUCCUACAACAGGAGCUCCCAUCGUCGACGUCGAUGCCCUCAUAGAUCGCGGGGACCUACCCAAGGUUGAGGAUUGGAAAAGAGCAAUGCUCAACUACAAGCAAAACAGUAUUUCGCUCGGGGUUAUCGAUCCCCCGAGCAGGGGUGGACCCCCGACCAGUCCUUUCCUUAGUACCAUGGCAGAGCCGAUGGAUCCACCGCGAGAACCUGAACCCCCUCGUCCCCAAACCCCAGAAUGCCUUCCGGAGGGCAUUCUUCUUUCCGCGGACGUCGUGUCCUUCCAUUACGAGAUGGAAGAGUACUGGUUCCGCGUUGACGCUAUAUUCCAGCCAUAUAGCUCACCGGGCAGUGGCCAACUUCCUCCCGCCAAGCAACUCAUCUUGUUCCGCGUCUAUGAGGAUUUCUAUGAAUUCCAAGUCACCCUCUUGCGGACCUUCCCUCGUGAAGCAGGCCAACAACCCCCUCACCCCAGGGUCUUGCCAUACAUGCCAGGACCAGCCAAGGACGUUGACGACGCUCUAACAGCAACUCGCCGGGAGGAAUUGGACGAAUAUAUCCACGGCUUAUGCGCUCUCAGCAGGAGCGGUUAUCGACAUAUCCUUGAACAUGAAGUCCUCAGGCAAUUCCUCGCAUUGAAACCGGGUGAUGUCGACAGUGAAAUUGAUCCCCGUGUCGACGAAAUUGACGCCCUCUUUGGCGAAUAUCCUGAGGACGACUACGACCGAGAAUAUGCACAAGAAAUCGCCGAUCAAGUGGGACGCAUGAAGGUCAGCGAUAGCGGCCACCAUAGUGACGGGUCAGAUUACGAGGAUGAAGGUUACGCUGCUUCGCCUCAACACAGACCAUACGACAGGCAUCCCUAUGGUCAAACCGCACCCGUUAAUGGCAGGCACUCCAGGGAAGAGAGCCUACGUGUACAAGCUCACCAGAACCACCAGCGAGCAGGGUCAACCUCGUCUUUCCAUACUCAUCAAACACAGCACACCCAAUCCUAUGCCUCUCACUCCCGUAACCAUUCCAGCGAACGUAUUUCUCCGAUAUCAAGAGACUCGUAUUCGAACGGACAGUCGCGAUGGACGGACCACACCCAGCCCACGCCAACGACAGCUAACUCUUUCUCGUCUGCUUCCCGAACGCGUUCCCAAACUGCGACAUCGGUCAACCUCAAUACUCCGCCCAUAUCCGCUGCCAACCCUCAAACCGCCUUUGUGAAAAUCAAGAUUUUUGACAGAGUGGCGGAUGAUUUGAUCGCAAUUCGAGUACACCCCAAGGUGUCACACCACGAAUUGAUGGAGAAAGUACAGGCACGACUAGGAUCUGAGUUGCGGGUGCUCAAAUACCGAGAUAGUUUGACAAACACCUUUGUCGGCCUGGACACCGACGAGGAGCUCCGGGCUUGGAUGGAAGGGACGGAUAAGCAUGUGCUCUAUGCCGAUUAG